AUGUCUCUUCUCUUUAAACAUCUCCGAAUUCAUCAAAUAUUCGGUGCAAAUACAGAUGUCGGCAAAACUAUCAUAUCCACUGCCCUCGCUAGGGCAUCUCUAGCGAAGGCAGAUCGUGUCAUUUACCUCAAGCCGGUGAGCUCUGGACCAUCUGAGGAUGCCGACGACGGGCACGUCGUGAAGUAUACGAAUCUGGGCAAUCGUCGCGUUCAAGCCGAGUGUUUGUACCGGCUGCGCGAUCCAGUCAGUCCGCACCUAGCAGCCAUUCGUGAAGAUGCUACGUAUAAUGCCCCCACAGAUGAUACAUUUAUCAAUGCAAUUUCUAUGUCUAUUCAGCGACAAGCCCAGGAAGUAGGCAAGCAAACCUACAUGUACGUAGAAACGGCGGGAGGUGUUCACAGCCCCGGGAUCUCCGGCACUACCCAGCUUGACCUAUAUCGACGGUUGUUUCUACCUGCAAUCCUGGUCGGCGAUUCUAGGCUAGGCGGAAUAUCUGCUACCAUUUCGGCCUACGAAUCGCUUUUAUUGCGCGGAUACGAUAUCGACGCCGUCAUUCUAUUCAAGGAUUCUUAUUACCGCAAUUAUGAAUACCUAGAAUCCUAUUUUAAGACGCGCAGCAUCCGCACUUUCGCAGUGGAUACCCCGCCAGAAAAGCACCCCGAUCCCACUCUGAACACCAGCCUGACUGAAGAGUAUUAUGAGCGCAUCGCGUCGCAGUCGUCUGAAAGCGACAUCACCCCCGCGGUCACUCAUCUCGACACCUGCCAUCAAAGUCGGCUUGCAACCCUAGACUCCCUCCCUCGUCGAACCCUUGACGCCAUUUGGUGGCCGUUUGUGCAACACAAACACGUCAAGAGCGAGUCCGACGUAUCUGUGAUUGAUAGCGCCUUCUCCGAUUUCUUCAGCGUCUUCAGACGCCGGACACCAGCCAAAACGACUAUGUCCUUGCUACAGUCCGAUUUCGAUGGUUCUGCUUCCUGGUGGACACAAGCCCUCGGUCAUGGUCAUCCCUCCCUUACUCUCGCGGCGGCGCGAGCGAGUGGCCGUUACGGACACGUAAUGUUCCCCGAAGCAACACAUUUACCGGCGCUCGAACUCGCUGAAAAGCUCCUCCAGGGUCCGGGACGGGGUUGGGCAUCACGAGUAUUUUACUCGGAUGACGGUUCCACGGGCAUGGAAGUUGCACUCAAAAUGGCACUGCGUUCUGUUUCCGCACGCACGGGUAUUUCACGAGAGGAUAGCAAAAGACUGGGCGUACUGGGCCUCAAAGGAAGCUACCACGGCGAUACUAUAGGUGCUAUGGAUGCUUGUGAGGAAGGCGUAUACACCUGCGACUGGCACAAUGCGAAGGGCUACUGGUUUGAUCCUCCAACGGUUGGAAUCAAAGACGAACGGGUAUCUAUCACCUUGCCAAACGGGAUUGACGGCACAGUGUUAGACCCAUCUAGUUUCCGAUUCGAAUCAUCCGCCGCCAUUUACGAUGUCGAACAGAGAAUGGGAACUGAGUUGGCACAAAUCUACUCUAAACAUAUCACACACACCCUCCAAAAGCUCAAAGCCCAGGGUGUCACUUUUGGUGCUUUGGUAUUAGAACCUUUGGUCAUGGGAGCUGGCGGCAUGAUCUUCGUGGAUCCCCUCUUCCAGAGAAUCAUGAUAGACACCAUACGGAGCGAAGAUACCUCGUCCUCCGGCUGGCGGGGUCUCCCCAUCAUAUUUGACGAAGUUUUCGUUGGUCUGUACCGUAUCGGAAUGGAGAGUACCGGCCCACUUCUGGGCGUCUUGCCCGACAUUUCAGUUCACGCCAAAAUCUUGACUGGCGGAAACAUGCCUCUGGCGGCAACGUUGGCGUCGGACUCUAUCUUCCAAACUUUCUUGGGGGACAGCAAAGCAGAUGCUCUGCUACACGGUCAUUCGUAUACAGCGCAUCCAAUAGGUUGCGCCGUUGCAAGCGAAACACUUAAAAUCAUCCAGGAACUUUCGACAUCGGAAAGUUGGAUAACAGCCAAGGAGAAUUGGUCGCAAGCCUCGGGGUCAUCUCGCAUAUGGAGUCUUUGGGACCGAAAUUUCGUUAUGGAGUUGUCGCGCAUGGAUGUAGUUAAGGAAGUUAUGUCCAUGGGCACGGUCCUGGUAGUAAAACUCAAAGGAGAAGAAGGCUACGUGUCGACGUCGGCGCAAGCUUUGCUGAGUUCACUGAAGGUCCCUGAACCCCAGGACUCAAGCCGCAUCUCACCUUCACCCGGCGGUGUACCUUUUGGAGUUCACUUCCGCACGCUUGGGGAUGUGGCCUAUUUCAUGACUAGCCUCAACACCUCGCCUGACGUUAUACGCUCUCUAGAGGAUAGAAUAUGGCGUGCGUUGCAGAAACACGCCGUACAGGAUGAGUAG